GAGUCAUAAGUCUAUGGCAUUCCGAGCGACGACCGCGCGAGAGCGACUGCGACGAGUACUUGCGUUCCCACAAAUCGCGGACGUGUUAUUUCACAUCGUCGACCGGGCCAACCGAAGUUUUCCGCAAAAAUCGAAUUCGAUCAAUCCGCACAUAUCAAUCGCAAGACAUAAUCACUAACACGAACGGCAUAAAGAUAAUUUGAUUAACAGUCAAAAUUAGUUGAAAUUAUCAGUGAAAUUGAUCUUUUAAUACAAUGUAUGAGUGCGUAUGGUCAGUUAUUGAUGCCGAGUGAUGUUCAUACUGUUCAGUGUGGUUCGUUUAAGUGACAAAGCGUCGACCGUCGGGGGCUAUUAUCCUAAUCGAGACUGCGUCGGGCCGGGAGCGCUCUCGGGCCUUAGUCGCUGGGGUACCCUAAAGCAGUAACUACGGAGUCGCCACUUCUCCUCCGCACCAUUUACUGCCAGGAUUGCGAUUUGAAGAUGGUGCAGCAGGAUUUGACCUAGGCCUGCUAUGGCUCGGGCGGGCUCAUGCGCGUGAGCCCCGGGCAGCCAGGACUGUGUAGUGUUGUGUUGUGUAGUGAUGCCCGCCAUGUUGUCGGCCGUGCUGGAAGAGGAGGCCGACAUGUACGAGGCGUUCCCGCCGCAUGUUGACCCCACCGGAAUUACUAUACUCACCGAUAGCCCACCAGGGAAGAAAGCGCCGCUCAAAACCUUCGAGGAGGUCCAACCUUUGUUACAACAAUCGAGGAAACGUGAACUCAAGCUGGUCAUCAGAGAGAACUCCUGGCCGAUAAACAGUCCGGUCCGGGCGUUGCUGUGGCCGGCGUUGUGCCGGCAGCAUCAGCAUGGCAAGUCCAUGCUCGACGGCUUCUACUGGGACAUGGUCACGCAGGUGUUCGGAACAGUGGAGUUGCCGGACAAGCCGAUCAUGCUCCCACCCUUCGUGGAGGCAACGCACUGCCUCGGCUACCACCUGACUCGCAAGGGCCGCGCGGUCGCCGACCGGGUCGUCUCCGUGCUGGGCUACGCCUGCCCCGACAUCACGUACAGCCCCAGCCUCUACCCCAUCACGGCUGCCCUGCUACACUUCAUGCCUGAGGAGGAAUGCUACCACUGCAUGGCGUCUCUGGUAGCGUCGAAGGAGAAAAUGUUUAUCACACAGACCAAGCUGCUCAACGAAGUCACGUGGAAGACGGUCAUGCAGAUCGCGAAGAAACACGCCAAGUCAGCGGCGCAGCACCUCUCAAGGCUAUCGGGCGCAAUCGGCCCGGAGCGGAUCUACACUGACUGGCAGUGGUGGAUCCUCGCGGCGUUACCCUUCCCACACCUCGUCAGGGUGCUAGAUUGCUUCUUCCACGAGGGCAUCAAGGUGUUCUACAGGGUGGCCCUAGCGAUCCUCAUCCUAUUCCACAAGCACUCAACGAACCAGAGUUCGGACUGGUACGCCGAGGCGACCAAAAAUGGCGUCGACCACGCCAUCGACAAGUUCUGCAGAAACAUGCCCGCCUCGCCCACGAAGCUGCUACGGACCGCGUUUAGUAUUAGGGCUUUAAGUUCACAGUACAUAUCCCGAGUGUUCAUAAAGACGGAGAUGACGCUCAAGUCGAAGCAGGUGAUCACGGGGUCGCGGCUCGUGCGCUCGCGCUCAUCCGACAACCUGCCCACCAGCCAGAGCCAGGUCAAUAUACAGAUGAUGUCCCACACGUUAACUAUACGUGAGGGCUCUCACUCGCCGGGCCCGCGCGCCCUGUCCAUGGGCGUGUUCCCAAUCCAAGCGCUCAAGUCGCAGAUAUCCGACCAGAGUGAACUGUUCACGCUAUGGUCGUGGCUGCCGGUCCGCAUCACGAUGUACCAGCCCGUGCUGUUGUACACGACGGAGGAGCACGGCUGCUCGCUGACCACGUUCUACGUGCGCGUGGAGCACCACGAGCCCACGCUGCUCAUGAUCAAGACGUGCAACAACGAGGUGUUCGGUGCGUACUGCUCGACGCGGUGGUUCGAGCGCAACCAGAAGGACGAGCGGGGCAACCGGCAGGCGUACUUCGGCACCGGCGAGACAUUCCUCUUCAGCCUUUACCCGGAGCGCGCCAAGUACCCUUGGGUCGGCUGCAACAACGACAACAAGGAGACCGUCGCGCACGGCUCCGAGCUCUUCAUGGCCGCCGACUCCCGGAUGAUCACCAUCGGCGGCGGUGACGGGCAAGCGAUCUGGAUGGACGAGAACAUCCGCUUCGGCAAGACGGACCGCUGUUCCACGUUCAACAACCCGCCGCUCUGCCCCUCCGGCGACUUCGAGAUCCGCGUGCUCGAGGUCUACGGCUUCUCCGGCGCAUAGACGGAAUCUCCCGGCCUGUCCCAUCUGUGACGUCAC